AGUCAAACAUUUCAUUAAUCUUUCGUGGUAUAUUUAUUUUGAUGAUUUGCAAUUAAUAUCACGCAAUCUUUACAAAAAUAAAUGUAAAGAAAACAUAUUGUGUACGUUUCAAAUUCGGAUACAGAAAUCUGUCAACAUAUUUUUGCUAAGAUAUGGUUUCAUAAUGGAGAUACAAAAGUGAUCAUGAACAAUUGAAUAAACUCAAGAUGACAUGUAAUAACAGAUAUUUUGAAACUCUAGAGUUUCAAAUAACAAAGAUUUUAGAGGAAAAACGGUCUUAUCUUUGCAAAUACAUAAAUCCAGAAGAUCAUUUUGACUUUCUCAGGUCAAAGUUUAUCAUAACGAAAGAUGAUUCAGAAAAUAUAAAAAAAGAAACUACGCAAACUUCAAAAGUUGGAAAGCUUUUGGAUAUUCUUCUCACAAAAGGACCUCAAGCUUAUGAAAUGUUAGUGCUUUCAAUACAACGAAAUAAAACUCAAACCUUUCUCGUCGAGAUGCUCAAUAAAGAGUUCGAAAAAAGGAAGAAUGCCUUAGUCGCACUUUUAAAAGACAAACAAUGUUCUAUAGAAGUAGAUUUGAAAGUAGAUGUGAACACUUUACCUAAACCAAAUAGGAAACCGCAGAAACAAUGUGUUGAGUCGUUGGAUACCAGUAUUACUCCAGUGGACGAAAAAGAUUUGGAUUAUAUUUGGUUACGAGGCAGUUAUUUAGAAUGUCAAAACAAAAAGUCAUCUAGAAACGAGACUCGCGGUCGACACCAUGACAAAGAGUGCAAACAGCAUCAUAGUGACGUUUGAUAGAUUAGAUGUUUUCAAUUUUCAAAAUAUAUGAUUGUGGUUUGUUUUUUUUCUGUUUCAAAGGUGUUUUAUUAGCUAACACAUGAACACGUACGUUUAAUAUUUUAUUAUUUCGCAAACAAAUUAAAUAUUGUUAUUAAACAGUACCACUUUUACUUUUCUCACGGUAUAUCUAUAUUUUUUUAUAUAAUUAUUGGUUUUCUUUCUUUUCCUUUUAUUACAUUAUUAUGAUUUUGAUUUUUGAUUUUUGGUGUUUUAACGCCACUUUUAAGCACCGCUUUUGGGCUAUUUCGUGGCGGCCUAUUUUUAUUGGUGGAGGAAGCCGGAGUGUCCGGAGAAAACCACCGACCUUCGAUAGGAAAACUGACAAUCCUAGUCAAUUAAGAUUGGAGUCGAGUGCACCUGCACGAGAGGGGUUCGAACUCUCAACCACAGUGCUGACUGGCUAGUGAUUACAGUAGUAACUACUUAGACCACUCGGCCACCGAGGACCCUUUAUGUUAUUAUGUUAUUAUAACUUAAUAUUUUUAAAUAAUACUGUAAGGAUAUGAAUUUAAGCAUUGACUACAUGUUUACAAGUUGUUGGUUGUUACUUUUUGAUUAAAAAAAAAUAGAAAAUGAGACGUUGGAUAAACACCACGAGAUAGCAACUCCAACAAACAAAGUAAUGUUAACCUUAUAGUCUACGUUGAUGGACAGCAGACCAUAUAGAACUAUUUAAUUACAAGGUUAUUCGCCUUAUAUUAUACAAGUGAAAUGUCAAAACGCCAUCAAAUAUAAACCUUUAAUCCUUGAGUUUAAAGUUGUAUGAAUGCCAGAAUCAUGUUAGAGAUUCGGAUUAACUUACUAAAGGACACUCUACACUGAAAGUAGGGGCGGGAUGGGGCGAGAAACAGGGCUCCAAUAUAAUUAGAACCUUACUGCUUCACUAUAACUAAAAGAGGUCUAAAUAAAAUUGCAUCAACCAUCUAGGGCUAACUAAUGUAUACAGUUGCAUCUAAUUAUUUUGUGUCAUUGUACGCCCUCCCCUAAAAAUACACAGAUUGCUUAUUAAGACUUUAGAUCAUAGCAAUUGUCUACAACUACUGAAGAUUGGCAACAUUUUACUCUGCGCGAUGAAUUUUUGGAUAAACAUAUAAAAGUGUACUAUCAGAUGUGUCCAUCACCAGACGUCUAAUCAAUAUCUUCUCCAACACAUAUACAGAUGUCUAGCGUAAAGUUUGUAUAAAGUCAAUGUUAUUUUUAUUAAAUCUUUGCUGCUAUUUAAUUUUCAAAUACAGUGUACGUAAUAAUUGUUGCAUGUGUAUUACAUCAUACUUGUUGUUUUUUUUUUGCUAAAUUAUAUAUUAAAAUUAUUAUUAUUAUUAUUA